AUGCCUUCAAAAAAAUUGCCCACUAAGGACUCCUCGCAGGAAUUAAUAAAGGAUUCCAUAACAAAUAUAACAAGAAUCAUAGAAAAUGACACCGAUAUCUCAUUAAUUGACUUGAAUUUGAUCCAGCAGUUGAACACCCAAAAGACACUAAAUCUAAUGAAAUUGGAGAGAAAAUUAGAUCUUAUACUAAAUGAGAGCAAACAAAUCACCCAAAUCAACGAGGAUUUGACAAAUACUUUGACUAAAUUAAACGUAUUGGAGAACCAAGUAAAUCAUUUGGAGCGGAUCGCAAAGGAAAUGGAUGAAUGGUCAAAGGAAUUACAGGUCAAAUCUAGAAGAAUUCGAAAACAAAAUUCUAUAUAA